GGCUACAGCCAGCAGACAGCUUGGUUUGGUGCAAAGACUGGAAACAGGGGAAAACACCUAGCCUGGCUCUGCCUACCAGCACAUCUGAAGAUUGUUUCAGGAGUUUUUCACGGCGGAACCGGACAGCGCCGGAAUGAAGUUUCUGAAAGGAGGCUGUGAGCUGAUCAAAAGAAGGAGAGAAAAGUAGGAAAACAAGUUAUUUCUCUCGGUAAGUGAAAAUGAAUCUGCUCUGUAAAAAGUAACAUGGUUUCUGAUUUGUUUCUUUAUCCAGGAAGCAGACUUUGUGUGCCAUAAUGGACAUUUUGCUGCUGUUGGUACUAUCUUAAUUUGUUUACUCUUUAUGUGAAGCCAGUGAUAAAAGAUUUUUAAUGGGUCCAAUUAACUUUGACAUGAUCAAUGAAAAAUCUGUUGUUGAGAUUUUUAAUUUUAAAACAGUGUGUUCACGUAGGACUACAGUGUUCAGUAAGAAGCUGUUAUGUUUUUGGGGACUUUGAAGCAGGAUCUUUACUGGGUGCAUCACAUUCUGUGACCUGGUGGUCACAGUGGUCACAUAUUGUAGCUCAACCGCUGUUACCAGAACUGGAGACUAUAGUAUUUAUAUAGAUAUUUUAUCUAUUUUGAUACCUGUUAUCACCUGUGAUGAUUCCAUAAUAAUUAGAUUCAUUGGACAUAGAUUCUAAGAAUGGCUAUUAAUGGCAGAAACUGGAGGUCACUAGUGUCUAGCUCUGCUGAGACCUUUCUUUACCAUCUCACAAUUAUUUUUUCAGUCAUCCUUGUAGGACCCAGAGGUUACCAUGUUUUCCCUGUCAGAGCUGGCACCUCUGGACCAACAUCAGAACAGGUCUAAAUUGUUGAAGCCAUGGUGGGAGGUCUUCAUGGAUUACCUGGUGGUCCUGAUGCUGAUGACAUCUGUUUUGGCUUGCACUGAGCAGCUGUCCAGGGACCGAGUAGUGUGCAUUCCAGUGGAUCCACUUGUUACUGCAAAUACAAGCAAUCACAGUUUCUCAACUAGUGGCAAUGUGGCACUGAAUCCAUCCUCAAAGCAACCAACGCACAUUCCCUGCAACCUCACCCCAAAUCUUCAUCCUACAGCCCGGGGCCGACGUACUCAUCUGGUCUACCAGCAAUACAUUUACAUUAGCCAGGUGUGCUACCAUAAGGCUUUGCCUUUGUGCUCCCGCUUCUUCCCCUACAUGGCCUUGUUGCAGUCUCUGGUGCUGGUAGCCAGCGGCUCCUUCUGGCUCCACUUCCCUCACACCUCUGCCCGCAUAGAGCACUUCCUGGCCAUCUUAGCAAAGUGCUGUGAGUCCCCCUGGACAUCUCAAGCCCUGUCCCUUGCUGCCCAGCAGGAGAACAUCCAAGAGAAGGAGGUGGAGAGACAAUCAACCCAACCUCCUCCCUCUUUGUCUUCACCCCCAGUGACCCGCACAAGACGUUCAAGCAUAGACUCAGGAACAGACAGCCUGCUUUUAAAGAGGUCAGAAAGCGUGUCCUCUGCCGUACCUCCCUCUCCGUGCCCUUCCACUCUCUCCUGUAACUCCAUCAUGUCGUCUGUAUCUCUUGGCUCUGGGGUGCACUUUCCUGGUUCAAAGCCAUCAGUGAUGGUUGACAGUCCCAGGCAGGUAAUCAGUCUGGAUAAAAGUGAUGGGGAACAGGCCAGGGCGCUGUUCGAGAAGGUCAGGAAAUUUCGGUCCCACUGUGAAAGCUCAGCUGUCAUCUACAAGGUCUACUUGGCUCAAACGAUAUUCAAACUGCUGAUGGUAACGCUGAUCGUGAGUUACACCAUCCCUCUUCUCAGCAACUUGUCCUUCGCCCACACCUGUCACCCUGAGGAGCAGGCCCUGGUGGGCUACGCCACCUUUGAGUGUAUCCAUGUGCUCUCCUCACUUCUACGCAAACUCCUGGUGGCCUACCUGACCCUGCUGGGUCUCUAUGGCCUGCUCAACUUUUAUACCCUUGGCUGGAUUUUACACAGCUCUUUACGGCAAUACUCCUUCCACUCAGUGAAGGAGUUGUGCUCCCUGAGAGAUGUUCCAGACCUGAGAAAUGACCUGGCCUUUCUGUUACACAUGUUAGACCAGUAUGACCCUUUGCUCUCCCAGCGUCUGUCCGUGUUUUUGUCCCCGGUCAGUGAGAGCAGGUUGCUGGAGGAAAACUUGGAGAGGCGCUGGGGGGAGGAGAAGCUGCGUGCCAUGACAAGUGUGGACGCGGACGGAAACACCAGACUGCAGCUGGUGGCCCUGCCUCGCCUCCCUCCAGCCCUCUUCACCCUCAGCCAGCUCCAGGUCCUCAAACUGGAGCUAAUCACAGAUGCCAGGUUUACUGCACAGGUAGCCAACAUGGCAUCACUCAGAGAGCUACACCUUUACCACUGCACAGCAGCUGUGGAUCCCAGUGCACUUGGAGUCCUCCAGGAACGUCUGGAGGUCCUCCACCUCACCUUUACACAAGCAUCAGAGAUCCCCAGCUGGGUCCUCUCUCUCCGCAGCCUGCAUGAGCUCCACCUCUCUGGUCGCCUGAGCAGCGAAGGUGGAGUUGGCCGCAGCUGGUCACUGGGCAGCCUCCGCCAGCUGCGUCACCUCCGUGUACUGGUGAUUCGGGGAAUGUUACAGCGGAUCCCUGGCGAGCUGUGUGAGGUGGCAAGCAGCUUGGUGAGGCUGGAGAUCUACAAUGAGGGCACCAGGCUGCUUGUACUGACAGGACUGAAACGAAUGGUUGACCUGACAGACCUGCUGCUGCAGGACUGCCAGCUGGAGCGUUUGCCCUCUGCACUGCUGGCUCUGACCAAGCUGCGGACACUUGACCUGCAACAUAAUAACUUGAGAACUCUGGAGGACCUGCUUAGUCUGGCUCACCUGCGCCGUCUUUCUUGCCUCAGACUUUCCUGUAAUCGUGUUCUAGUGCUGCCGGCUAGUGUUGGUGUGCUUCGAGGCCUGGAGCUCCUGGAUCUGUCUAACAACCACCUCCAGAGCCUUCCCCCAGCACUCUUUACUCUUCUCCGCCUUCGUAAGCUCCUGCUGGCUGGCAACCUGCUAGAGGAGCUGCCUGCAGAGAUAAAAGCCCUGCAGCUGCUUACAGAGCUGGACCUCAGUGGGAACAGGCUUGAGAGCCUGCCCCUGGAACUAUUCAGUUGUUGUUUGGAGCUGCGCAUCCUAAACGUGGCUCACAACUCUCUUGGUUCAUUACCCACAACAAUUGCAGCUUCAAGUCACUUGUGCCGGUUGGACUUGCGCAGCAACAGUCUGGAGGAACUGCCUGCUGAACUGGGCUGCUGCUCAGGGCUGCAUGGAGGUGGCCUCCUGGUGGAAGAGUGGCUGUUUCUGUCUUUGCCUCCCCAUGUCAGGGACCUUCUGAGCCGUUCUUGCUCUACGUCUGGUGCACACUCAGAGGGCCAUUCCCGGCCAGAGUCUGACAGUUUCCCAUACUUCUCUCCGACACAGUGGAGCUUCUCUUCUGCUCUGGAAUCACAGAUAUAAGACCAAUGACUAUAUGACUCCUAACAGUAUCCUAACACUGACGGUAUUCAGUCAAAUAUCUUUGUUUACUGAUAUAUUAUAUAUUUUUUAAUGGGAUUUGCGUUUGCAGUAUGUUUGACGUAAUUUGUCAGAUGUUCUUUUAGAAUGAAGUUUUCCUGUUGGUCCUUCUAAUUUGAGGCUUGAA